AUGAAGGAACGAUCCAGAUCUACAAUGCCAACUAUGGCCGCCGUGACCAGCUAGUGUGUUCCUUUAAACGGCCUGCUAACCAACUAGCCAACACCAACUGCCUCAGCCAAUCCAUAACCACCAGUAAGGUGGCAGAGAGGUGUAAUGGGAAGAGCCAGUGUGACGUCCCGGCGUCCAACUCUCUGUAUGGAGAUCCCUGUGUAGGAACCUACAAGUACCUGGAUGUGGCUUACACCUGUGGCUAA